UCUAAUUUUAAAAAUGAAAGUCAAACUUCGCAGCUGAUAAGAUUAUUAAAAACAUUUGAAAAUGCUCUCGAGACGCAUUACACAAGUGACACCUGCUGUUCUUAAGUUUUCUCGUCACCAGAGUGGGAGAUCUUUCACAGCACAGGCAGCCCAGAAAAUAGCCCCUUUAUCUAAUAAUUUAGUACAGAGUUUGGAGAGGAUUGUGGGUAAAAACAAUGUGUCGGAGGCUAAUGCUGUGCGGGAGCAGCAUGGAAGGGACGAGUCGUACCAUAAAUGUGCUCCCCCACAAGUUGUGGCCUUUGCUGAGAGUGUGGAGCAGGUGUCUGGUGUGGCCAAGUUGUGUAACGAACACAAAGUUCCCCUGAUUCCAUUCGGCAGUGGCACAGGCCUUGAGGGAGGAAUCACGGCAAUAAAGGGUGGGGUAUGCCUGGACGUAAUGAAGAUGGACAAGGUUCUAUCAGUACAUCCUGAGGACUUUGAUUGUCAGGUGGAGUGUGGGGUCACCAGAAAGGCCCUCAAUAAUUACAUCAGAGACACUGGAUUGUGGUUCCCAAUAGACCCUGGUGCGGAUGCUUCUCUUUGUGGAAUGUGCUCCACCAGUGCCUCAGGAACUAAUGCUGUCCGAUACGGGACAAUGAGAGAAAAUGUCAUGAACAUGGAGGUGGUGCUGGCUGAUGGCAGGAUAAUUCAUACAGCAGGAGAGGGCAGACGUACCAAAAAAACUUCAGCAGGGUAUAACUUGACCAAUCUUUUUGUUGGAUCAGAGGGAACUUUGGGAAUUAUCACCAAGGCAACACUUAGACUUCAUGGAAUACCAGAGUCAUCGGUGUCUGCGGUGUGUUCCUUUGAGAGUAUUCAGUCAGCUGUGGACACUACUGUACAGGUUCUUCAGUGUGGGAUCCCCAUGGCAAGAAUUGAGUUCUUGGAUGAGGUGUCUGUUGAUGCCUGCAAUAAAUACGCCAAGAUGGACAUGAGAGUAGCCCCAUCACUAUUUCUGGAAUUUUCUGGGAGCCCCAGGUCUUUGGACGAAAAUGCUGAAAUUGUUGGUGAGAUUGUGAAGAUGAAUGGAGGCUCUGACUUCAGAUGGGCCACAGAUGUUGAUGAGAGGAACCGCCUAUGGAAGACAAGGCAUGACAUCUUGUACGCUUGUAUGGCACUCAGACCAGGGUGCAAGCCUUACUCCACAGAUGUCUGUGUUCCCGUGUCCAAUCUACCACAGGUGGUUGUGGAGUCCAAGAAAUACAUUGAUGAAGCUGGCAUUAUAGGUGCUUAUAUACUGGGCCAUGUGGGUGAUGGGAAUUUUCACAUCUUAUUUAUUAUGGACCACACAAAUGAGAAAGAAGUUCAAACUGUGUUGGAUAUAUCUCACCGAGUGGCAGUAUUGGCCCAGGAACUGGAUGGCACCUGUACGGGUGAACACGGUAUUGGUCUAGGGAAGCGCGAACUGCUGCUACGAGAAAUCGGUGAGACAGGAAUUCAGGUCAUGCAGCAACUGAAGCAGACGCUUGAUCCUAACGGAAUCCUGAAUCCAGGCAAAGUUUUCUUCUAAAAAAAAUCCAGGGAUUUCUUCUUUCUCUUUCACAAAUCUUGAUAUUAUAUGAUUCAGUUUGUCAAAAGACAAAUUGCUCAGACUUAUGCAAAACACAUUUUUUCUUAUAUUUUGGGAUCUUUUGAAAAUAUUUUUUAUUUAAUCUUUCCUAUAUUAAUUGUAAAAAUAAUAAUAUAUGUACUUUGAUUUUAGAGAUAUGUUUUUAUGUAAAUUUUCAACAGAUAUAUUAUUAAUAUCAUUUUUUUUAACUUAAAAAAUACAUGCAUUUUGUUUCAAGUCACACUCUUGAGAUGUUUGUCCCUGAAUUAAAUAAAGGAAAUGACAAUUAAAUGUUGGUCAUCAGUUAUAAUGUAGAAUGCAUCAAUAUUUUAAGUAAACUAUAAUUGUAAAUGUGUCAUUAACAGAAUGGUGCUAUAUCAAGUUGUGUGAACAAUUUGAAAUUUGUGUAAUUAAAUAAAAAACUAAAAAAAAUAUUUUUUUUUGAAUUUAUAACCGUAUUUCAGAGUUGUUUGUAAAGCAUUAAUAUAUGUACAUGAAAAAAAUUACACACCAGACCUUUUGCCAUUACUUUUUAUAUUGAAAAUAUUUUUAAAAUCUGUGAUUGAAAACCAUUUAACUUUAUUAAUUGUUAUGUAAUACAUGUACAUGUAUGUAAUUGUAUUAUGUAAUCAGAUUUCAAUAAUGUUGUUACAUGCAGGGAAUUAUAUAAAGGCCCCCUGUUACAUGUAUAUGUAUGAUUUUGUUGUUGAUUUUUGUAAAUUUAAAAAAUAAACAGGAAAUUAAU